GUUGUUUGGCUUUGUCAAGAUGGCGGCUCUCUUAGAGUUGUUUUGCUGGAAAGGCAGCUGGGGUUUACCUUCAGUCGAUUCCGAUAGUCUCGUUGUCUUGGCAUAUGCACGCUUCACUGGUGCACCGCUGAAAAUCCACAAAAUCUCCAACCCGUGGAGGAGUCCCACAGGUUCUCUCCCUGCUCUGAAGACCAAAGAAGAGGGGAGCUUCUCUCAUCCCAGUAAGAUUAUUAUCCAUCUCAGGAAACAGAAAUACAAUGCGGACUACGACCUGUCGGCUAAAGAGGGAGCAGACACGCUUGCCUUCAUCUCUCUGCUGGAGGAGAAGCUAGUACCUGCUCUGAUAUACACCCUGUGGAUUGAUUCCAAGAACUAUGUGGAGGUGACACGGCGUUGGUACGCAGAAAACAUCUCCUUCCCCCUGAACUUCUUCCUGCCCAGCCGCAUGCAGCACCAGCAGCUGGAGAGAGUACGCCUCAUGCGGGGAGACGGCGCUCUGGAAGCCGGCGAGGAGGCCGAGAAAGAGCUCUACCGUGAUGCUCAGGAGUGCAUGAAUCUUCUCUCUCAGCGCCUCAGCUCAAACAAAUUUUUCUUCGGCGAUUCGCCCUCCUCUCUCGAUGCCUACGUCUUUGGCCACUUGGUGCCUUUACUGAAGAUCAAGCUGCCCAACAGCAGACUGCAGCAGCACCUGAAAGCUUUGGACAACCUGAGCAACUUCUGCACCAACAUCCUGUCCCUCUACUUCCCAAGUGAGGGUCAAGAGGGAGUGAGUCGUCCAGCAUCCAGCUCACAGGAGGGGAGUGACUUUGACCACGAGCCAUAUAAGAGACGCAAACAGCUGCUGUCUGUCCUGGUGGCUGUAGCAGCCAUGUUGAGCUAUGCUCUCCUUUCCGGCAUUGUGGCUAUUGAGCAUGUGCAGGAGGAGGGGCCAGCAAGAGGUGCUGCCUCCAUUGGCCCAGCUCAAGAGGAAGAGGAAGACUGAUGGAGGGCGGAGCAUGAAAUGACAGGAUGCAGAAGAACAAAAGUUAUUUUGAGAUUCAUGUUUUGAGGAAGGUUAGGUUCACUCUAUGAUGGGAUUGGCACUUUGGCUCAAAUUUUGCUUGUAAACCAGUAACUAACCAAGAAACAACUAACUAAUGAAGUGUGUCAAGAAAAAUGUUUUUUCCCUUUACUUAUAAACAGCUGAUAAACAAAGUUCUUUUCAUGCCACCUGUAAGAACAGUAUUGCCUUCUUGCUUUCUUUAUUGGGACAUACAUUCCUGCUUGUCUUUGUAAUAGAUUUGCAAAUAAUGUGAAUAGUCACCACAGUGUCCAAGGAAAAUAAAAAUGGCACCUUACACUGAUUAUUUUAUUAUAUUGUUUUCUUUGUUUGUUUGUUUUGUGCAGUAGGCUUUCAGAUACAUUGUAGGUGAACCUUUGAACUCAUAGAUUUAAUAUUUGUUUUCUAGGUGCAGGAAAUUAGUAGAUUGAAACAUUUUAAUGUAAAUUGUUGUUGAGUCCAAAUAUAAUGUAGCACUGGAGUAUUAAUCUGAAUACCAUGCUAUAUGCUGCUUUGAUCUUUAAUAGCUUUUACCAAAGCAUUUUGGUUUUCUUAGCGUUUCCUGCAGGGUUACAUGAGUGUGCAAGUGUGAUUUGUCAGUGUGCCUGCACAAUGUAUGCACAGUUUGCAAGAUAUCUAGAAUGGGAAUUUAUAGGCAGUUUGUAUUUGGGAAAGAUGUAUAAAACUGAGGACCACUGCAGUUCAGAUCCAGGUACUACAGAUUUUCCAGCCCCUCUUACUGAGGAGUCUGAUGUGAAUACAAAGAAAUUGUUAGCUGUCCAAUCAUUUAUCUGUGAUUACAAAAUAUUGGACCACACUGGGAUUUGAUGUACUACUUUGAAUACCAUUGUUGAAGAUACUUACUAUAUAAACGCACCCUCUUCUAUACAAGUAAACCUCUAUCAGUCUGGUGCUGCCAUAUAUCACAGUUUUCUUUUUAUCUCUGUAUUGCUGUGACUAGCUAAUGGCACCCUAAUAUGCUAAAUGUGUACAUCUACAUACAAUUGUAAAUAACAGUGAGCAGUAAGGCUGUUCUAUUUCUCCUUUGGCUUUGCUAGGUUCAGCCUUUUUUCCAGUAGGCUGAAAUCAUCCAGUGUUGCUGUUAUAUAAUUGCAUGUUCUGUUUUGCUGUUAUCCAUAGGGUUCUUUCUUUCUGGGGUUUUUUUUUAUUUUUAUUUUAUUUAUUUUUUUUAUGCUUAGAAAAGAUUUGUGGAUGGGGGGGGGAUGAAGGAUGUGCAAUGUCAGUGCAGUGAUAUCAAGAAUUCUGAUUGUGUUCCCGGACAGCUGCAUUUUGACAAUCCAGGCUUAGUAUAGUCAAUAUGUUUCAUUCAUGCUGAUUUUGAUGACCAGCACCGCCAUUCGCUUGCAAGAAGAAAAGGAACAGUGUUAAAGGAGUUGUACAGCUGUCCGCCAGGAAUACUACUCUUCAGCUCAUAAUGAAAGUGAAUGCUUUUAUUGAUCAUCAACAUAAAUGUGCACUAAUGCAUGGAAAUGUCAUAUACUGGUGUCGUCCUACCCAGUCAUUGAUUUAAAGAGAAAUAAAGGAAGUUUGAAGCAGAACCACUAGAAGAUGAAAAUGGGGCAGAUUUACUACCUCCAACAGUGCAGUAGCUGGGAGAAGAUCAAGAGCUUCUUACUCACCUAAGAGCACAGCCUUUAGAAGAGAAGUGGAGAUGUCUUACCCAAAAACUCACAUAAAUCAAAACUUCUGUUUCAGAAUUUGUAUUGAUGGUACUUGUCUUUUCUCUCUUCCUGGUGUUUGUAAAUAUAUGUUGAAUAUGAAUAUAUAUUUUUUUCAUAAUUUAUGGGCAAAUAAAUGUGCUUGAAA